AUGUUAGAAAUGGAUGAUUUGAUGGAACUAUUGCAAAGCUCAAUGGCUCUUGAGGAUGAUGAGCUUGAGAAAAUCAAGUUGGCUCUUUAUGAAAACGUUAUAAGAUUGUCAGAGCAUUUGUUGGAUGAAAAUGAGGAGUCUUUGGAAUUGAUUGGCUUGAAGAGAAGAGUUGCAAGAAAGUUAUUAGAAUUGAUUCAAGAUCCCCUCAAUAGUACAGCUCAAACAAGAUCAUCAUCUAUCGAAACAUGCGCAGAAGAUCCAAAAGAGAUUAGUUUCAAAGAAAAAUUGAAAAGGAUUGAAGAAAAUGAACAUUAUUGCAAAGUUCGUUUUGAGUAUGUCAAUACUUGCACAGUUUACGAUCCAGUUAUCGAUAAGGUGAUUAAAUUGGGAGCUCCUUUCAAAAUUUCAAAUGUUAAUACAAGAAUCAAGCAAUACAAAGGAGUUGUAAAAUCUGCAAAUAUGAAAUCUAGAUUUGAUUUAGCCAGAGAAAUGGUAGAAAUCUAUCUUACCGACCAUGAUUUAGAGUUCAUCAAUUUUACAAUUGACAGGGAUUUGAUGGAAAAAGGUAAAGAGUACGCAUUGUUAAAGAAGGCAAAUGAAAAAAAACGUAAGGCUCAAUCCGAUCAAGAAAAAGCAAAAAGAACCAAAGGUUUGUAA